AUGUGGAACGACCUUGCAGAAGAUACCAAAAUUAUGGGGGUGUAUGGAAAGAGAAUAGUGAUAGCAGGGAUAUUUUGCAUACAUUGUAUAGGUUAUCCUUUCUACGUUUCUCAUUGCCGUUUAGUAUUGAAGUAUACAACGGGUUCGGUGGACAUCCAGUAUUCUGAUUUGAUCAAUUUUCAGUUGCUAGAUCAAGUUAUCUCUGAAACUCUUCGCCUUUCGCCAUUUCCCAUAGUAAGUGUUAAUCGAGUGUGUGCAGAAGAUUAUCGUUAUAAAAACAUCACCAUUCCAAAAGGUUGUACGAUAGCUAUUCCAAUACAAGUUUUGCAAAAUGAUCCAGCUUAUUGGAUUGAACCUGAUAAGUUUAAUCCUUACAGAUUUUCUUUUGAGGAACAGCAGAAAAUUGAUUCUGUCAUUUACCAACCAUUCGGAGCAGGGCAAAGAAUUUGUAUAGCACAGAGAUUAGCAAAAACUAUAAUGAAAUUAGUAUUGGCAAAUCUCAUACGAUCAUUUAAAUUAGAAGAAUAUAGAGACGAUGAAAAUAAUAGAGAGCACACUCAAUUAUUCACUUAUACAAUCAAUAGAAUAAUGGUGAAAGCAACUCCAUCAGAUACCUGA